CUUCUUCACCUUAAGACGAAAUAUAAACACCUGCCCCCCCCCCAAAUAGGCAGCAGGAUCCCCGGGGCCUCAAGAGGGGAUCCCCACAGCUGCUUCCAGCUGAGAGGGAGGCGCUGGGCUGUGGCUCCUAUCCCAGAGGGACUUCGGUCUUUGGAAACCCCUUUUCCUCUCGAAGAAGCCCCCAAAUGUGUGUGUCACACACACACACACACACACACACACACACCAGCCCCAACCUGCCCAACAGGAGCAGCCCCAGGGGCUGAAAAUCCAGGGCCACCCAGUCCCAGAGCAGCCCUGCCCCUCCCUCUGUCCCUCCCCCAACUGGGUCCUUGCACCCAGUUCUCAGAAAAGGUCACCUGUGAGAGGGAAGGAAUCCACCGGGUGGAGAGGCCGGCCUACCUGCUCUUUGACUGGAUCCAGGAUUGGGAAAGGAAUGCAACAGAAGGCCUUUGAGGACAGCAAAUCCACGUGGCAGGAAUCGCUGGACCAUGCCAGUGCCCGCAUGCCCUUUCGCUGCCCCCGGUGUGGGGACCACGCCCGGUUCAGGAGCUUGUCCUCCCUGAGGGCCCAUCUGGAGUACAGCCACGCUUUCGAAGACAGAAGCCUCCGGCCCCAAACUGGCCUUUUCUCUCCCUUCAAGGAGGGCCGGGGCUCCUCCUCCUCCCACCCCCAGACCCAGGGCAACUUCCGGGAUGGGGGCAAUAGCGUCCUGAAGCCACGGCUCUCCUAUCUGAACUUCUGUGAGCCGGAAGACCCUCUGCCCAGGAGGCCCCUGGCGGGGGAGGCAGAAUGGCCGGCCGACUUGGGGUCCGGCCACGCCUCGGCCGAGCUGAGCUGGGACCCCACUUGGAAGGCCGUGGACUCCAGCGCUUCCUUCGAGGCCCAUGUACGGGAAAAGUUCAACCACAUGGUAGAAGCCGUCGACAAGACCAUCGAGAGGCGGAUCGACAACCUCUCCCGGGAGCUGUCCCGAAAGACAGCUGAGCUCCUGGAGGUCCGGGCAGCCUUUGUGCAGCUCUCGCAGAAGAAGCAGGAGGUGCAGCGGCGCGAGAGGGCCCUGAACCGCCAGGUGGAUGUGGCAGUGGAGAUGAUUGCGGUGCUGCAGCAGCGGCUCACCGAGUCAGAGGAGGAGCUGCACCGCAAAGAGGAGGAGGUCGUGACCUUUAAUCACUUCCUGGAGGAAGCGGCCGAGAAAGAAGUCCGCGGGAAAGCCCGGCUGGAGCGUUUCAUUGAGAACCUGCUGCAGCGGGUCGACCAGGCGGAGAAACAGCUGGAGAAGUAUCAGCAUCAGCAUCUGCUGGGCAGCUCCGGAGACCUCAGCCAACAUCUGUUUACAGAUCUGUCAUCUUUCAAGAAAGCCAGAUGCCUCUGGGGGCACCCACACAGUUCUGGUAGCCCCCCUGACCCCAAACCUCAUUUGCUUCAGAAAGGGCGGCUCUUCCUGAAGAAAGUCAAGGACGACAGACUUGGAGGCGGCCUUCACCCCGUCAAGUGGUUGUAUGAACCCGCGGAAGGCUGCUGGGACAUUGGGAGGCCCCAGAAGAAGGCGGAGGCAGCCAACAACAUUGCCCGAAAGGUGAACGCAAAAUCAAAAAUCAGCAAAAAGAGCAAACCGGUUUACUGAGGCGCCCAUGUAUCCCUACACACGCAUGUGUAGAUGUGUCUGUGUGGCUAUAGAGAGCGAUAUAUCUAUAUUCUAACAUAAUUCGCUUUUGAACCAGCAGCUCUUGGCUGGAAGUCCCCAGAUGGUCCCUCUGGGGCUCUGCUAAGGUUGGCCUGGAGGGCCCGUGGCAAUUCCAGGGUGCAGCGUCUGCCCAUCAAGGGGGGAAUAAUUAGGGGGACUGACUUCCCGGAAGCUGCACGUAGCAAACCAUCACCACCAUCGUCAUCAUCAUCUCUUUCCUUACUCAUUUGGGCAAGGACUUGAUAUAUUUAAAAGAUAAUCGAGAUUGCAUAUGUAAAUGGCCUCAUUUCCAUGUGACUUUGAAUGAGAGGUGCUGCUUUAUUUUCAACAGCUGAUUUCAGCUGAAGCUGAAACGAACUGGGAGCCUUUCAAUUUGUUUCCAAACUUGUUCCUGCGGUUACUCAGAAUAUCACAAAGAGAUACUUUGGCAAGCCAUUUCAACAUAAAUCCUUCUCCUGCCAUCAAUUUGGAGGAAUCUAUUCUGCCUGGCACCCUGAAAAUCCACUUUUUAUUGUUGUGAGGGGUGAGGCUGGGCAGGGGUAGGUCCAGAAAUGUUGCAAAUCCCCCCCCCCGCCCUUCCCAGCUCCAUCGCUUCACCGUAAUUAGUGUGUGUGAGAGACCCAGGUCGUCCACACCGUUGUGGGCUGGAUGUUGUUGAGAUGCUCCCCUGAGACUCAGAGGUGGGAUUCACUUACCUUCCCUACCGGUUUGCAAAUGUGAGCAUUCGCGCGAUCCGGAGAGAACCAGCUGAAUCCCACCACUGCUGUGGCUCCUUGCAGCGCCAAGGCUCUGCAUAGGGGAAGUGUGUAAUACACUGUGUAUAGAGGGUUCCUGAAAUCUCCCCUCCCCCGCCCCCAGUGAUCAAAGUUUUGGAAGAUCCUGCUGUCCUCUCAUGGGGCAUCCACAUUCCCACCCAAGAGAGUUGGCUGUUCUUGCAUGGAGAGGCUCUGAGGAACGAUGGCUAAACUCUCCCAGGACUUCGACCAUUUAACAACAUGUGAUUGCUGGUUGAUUGGGGGGAACAGACACUGUUAUAAUGCCAUUGCUCAGAGGGCCUCCUGCCAAUGCAAAGGGCAAGCAGAAGAAUCUAGCUCUCCUACCUGCACACCUCUGCUUGCCUGGAGUGGAGGCAGGAGGGGCCUGCUGUGCCUGAUGGAUCAUAGCCAAAUCUUGGCCAAGGGCAGUAGUGGACACAGGGAGUUGGCCGCAGAAGCUGAGCCAGCAGCUGCCCAUCCCUGGUCUUUUGGCCAGCGGAGCAAGGAAGCCAGGGGUGGUAUUCACGUAUCUUCGCUACCAAUUUGCAAAUAUGGCAUGCGUAGAGGGUCAAAAAUGGGACAUGAUGACAUCCAGUCGGGUGGGCAGAGCUGCCACUACCGGUUUUCCCAAACCGGAUAUAACCGGCCAAAUACCACCACUGAAGGAAGCCUGCAGCAAAGAGUUCCCUCCACUUUGGAUUGGGAGGGAAGACCAAGGGACAGAAGCCACUUCCCCUGGUCUCCCUAGGAGCAUCUGAGUUUGCCAAAGAAAGAAGGGGGGGGGGAAACUGGGGUGGGAUUUCACUGACAAAGCCUCUGGAUAUCCCUUCCUUUCGCCCAUUGUGUCUUCUCCGUUGCUCUGGGUGGCUGUCCUUCGGCUUCAUGCCAAAUUUACAGAUAUUUUACCUUCUCUCCCGUACGAAAAAUAUAUUCCCCAUAUACCCUAUCACUCCUUUUUAAAUGCUUCUGAUAAAAGGUGUAAAAUGUCUUUAUGUGACACAGUGGUUCUGCGGUAAGCGUAUUAAGCCUUGUGGAUUGUUUUUCCUUACAAGAUUUAAAUUUACUUAGGGGAAAAAAAAACAUUGGUAGGAUUGUGGCAAUAAAAAAACAGGGUUUGCAAUAUAUUUAAACAGAGGUAGAAAAACAAGCAUUCGUAACUGUAGGGAUUGGUCGAUCUGUUAAAAUGUUGCUUCAUUUUAUAAUGUCAAAGGAUUUUUGGGGGGUACAUGUCCAGCUUUCUGUUUCAAUUGAUAGUUGGAGGACCCCAAAUAUCCCAGCUGUAGCUGGGCUCACACCUCUGACCUGCACAGAUCUAGAGAACCAUUAGAUGGGGACAUUGUGUUGGAAUCUCUGUAUCCAGUUGCCUUCAUCCAUCCAUUGGCCAGCAGGUGACAGCCCCAGAUCCAGUGGCCCUGAGAGAAAGCCUCACCCAGCCCCCAUCUGAUGUAGGGGAGACCCCCUUGCCUGCUUUUAUCCCAAUUUCCUGGGGAAAUUCCCUUCCCGCACUUAAGAAAGAGAUCUGGAGCGAUUCCUUGCCCUGGCAGUAUGUUGUAAAGCCAGCCACCCUGCACGAUGCUCCCUGUGUCUUCCCAUGGCUCCAACUAGCUGAUAGGCUUCUGGCUGUGGCCUCAGCAGUUGGCCGUGGUAGGAAAGGGGUCCCUAGGAACUCCCCCCCCCGAUCCUCGCGAAUUUCAGCUCAGAGCUGGGGACCGCAGGCUCAGCAGCAGGACCUCUGGUUGGCUCCAGGGGGGCUCAAAAAGAGAGGGGGGCCUCUUCUUAGCAGCUGCUCCUGGGGCUUUGCAAUGCCGACUUCCAUCCUGGGUUCUUUCUGAGCCAGCCGGAAAGGCUGCCUCUUUCCUGGAGGGUCCUUGGCUGCUCCUUCGUCUCCCCCGCCCCAAAGAGGACUCAGUCCAUUUCCACCUUCACCUGCAGUUGCUGUUUCUCAUGACAAAAGACCGAGGGCAGGUCGUUUCCUUGCUAUACCCUCAAAAACUGAAUCAAUCAGUUCCAAAGCAGUUGGAAUGCACUGUAAUGCCAAAAAAAAAAGAGAGGAAGAAAUACAUUUUAGAUGACUAUGAAAAA